AUGUCUCUGAGCAGCGCCUUCAGGGCUGUGGGCAACGACCCUGGGAUCAUCACCUGGAGAAUAGAGAAAAUGGAGCUGGCACUGGUGCCCCUGAGCACCCACGGCAACUUCUAUGAGGGGGACUGCUACGUCAUCCUCUCGACCCGGAGAGUGGGCAGCAGCCUCUCCCAGGAUAUCCACUUCUGGAUCGGGAAGGACUCCUCCCAGGAUGAGCAGACCUGUGCAGCCAUCUACACCACCCAGCUGGACGACUACCUGGGAGGCAGCCCCGUGCAGCACCGAGAGGUCCAGUACCAUGAGUCUGACACCUUCCAAGGCUACUUCAAGCAGGGCAUCAUCUACAUGAAGGGGGGUGUGGCCUCUGGGAUGAAGCACACGGAGACCAACACCUACGAUGUGAAGCGGCUGCUACAUGUGAAGGGGAGGAGAAACAUCAGGGCCACUGAGGUAGAAAUGAGUUGGGACAGUUUCAACCAAGGUGAUGUCUUCUUGCUGGACCUUGGGAAGGUCAUCAUCCAGUGGAAUGGCCCAGAGAGCACCAGUGGGGAGCGCCUGAAGGCUAUGCUUCUGGCAAAGGACAUUCGGGACAGGGAGCGAGGGGGCCGUGCUGAAAUAGGAGUGAUCGAGGGCGACAAGGAGGCAGAGAGCCCGGGGCUGAUGAAGGUCCUUCAGGACACCCUUGGCCGACGUUCCAUUAUCAAACCUGCAGUCCCUGAUGAGAUCAUAGAUCAGCAGCAGAAAUCAAAUACCAUGUUGUAUCAUGUCUCAGACUCAGGUGGGCAGCUGGCAGUCACAGAGGUAGCAAAGAGGCCUCUGGUCCAGGACUUACUGAGCCAUGAUGACUGCUACAUCCUGGACCAAAAUGGAACCAAGAUCUACGUGUGGAAAGGAAAAGGAGCCACGAAGGUUGAGAAGCAGGCGGCCAUGUCUAAAGCCCUGGGCUUCAUCAAGAGUAAGGGUUACCCCAGCGGCACCAACGUGGAGACCGUCAACGAUGGUGCUGAGUCAGCCAUGUUCAAGCAGCUGUUCCAGAAGUGGUCAGUGAAGGACCAGACUGUGGGCCUGGGGAAAACGUUCAGCAUUGGCAAAAUUGCUAAAGUUUUCCAGGAUAAGUUUGAUGUGACUCUGCUGCACACCAAGCCAGAGGUAGCUGCCCAGGAAAGAAUGGUCGAUGAUGGCAAUGGAAAAGUUGAGGUCUGGAGAAUUGAGAACCUGGAGCUGGUCCCUGUGGAACAUCAGUGGUAUGGCUUCUUCUAUGGGGGAGACUGCUAUCUGGUUCUUUACACAUACAAGGUGAACGGGAAGCCACAUUACAUCUUGUACAUCUGGCAGGGCCGCCACGCCUCCCAGGAUGAGCUGGCAGCCUCAGCAUACCAGGCAGUGGAGGUAGAUCGGCAGUUUGAUGGGGCCGCCGUGCAGAUUCGAGUCAGCAUGGGGAAGGAGCCACGCCAUUUCAUGGCCAUCUUCAAGGGGAAGCUAGUUAUCUUUGAGGGUGGGACUUCCAGGAAGGGAAAUGCUGAGCCUGACCCUCCAGUAAGACUUUUCCAGAUUCAAGGAAAUGACAAAUCUAACACCAAAGCAGUGGAGGUUUCAGCCUUUGCCUCCUCCCUAAAUUCCAAUGACGUCUUUCUGCUGCAAACUCAGGCAGAGCACUACCUGUGGUAUGGCAAGGGGUCUAGCGGGGAUGAGCGGGCAAUGGCUAAGGAGCUGGCCGGGUUUCUCUGUGACGGAACUGAGAACACUGUGGCCGAGGGCCAGGAGCCAGCCGAGUUCUGGGACCUAUUGGGAGGGAAAACUCCCUAUGCCAAUGAUAAAAGAUUACAGCAGGAAACCCUGGAUGUCCAGUCUCGUCUCUUUGAAUGUUCCAAUAAGACUGGCCGGUUCAUCGUCACUGAAAUCACAGACUUCACCCAGGACGACCUGAACCCAGGUGAUGUGAUGCUCCUAGAUACCUGGGACCAGGUGUUCCUGUGGAUUGGGGCUGAGGCCAAUGCCACGGAGAAGGAGAGGGCCCUUGCUGCAGCCCAGGAGUACCUGCACACUCACCCCAGCGGCAGAGACACUGACAUACCAAUCCUGAUCAUUAAACAGGGGUUUGAGCCUCCCACCUUCACAGGCUGGUUCCUGGCCUGGGACCCUCACAUUUGGAGCGCAGGAAAAUCAUAUGAACAAUUAAAAGAAGAGCUUGGAGAUACUGCUGCUAUCGUGCGGAUCACUGCUGACAUGAAGAACACGACCCUCUCCCUGAAUUCUGACAGUGAGCCAAAAUAUUACCCCAUAGAAGUUCUGCUGAAAAACCAGAGUCAGGAGCUGCCUGAGGAUGUGAACCCUGCUAAAAAGGAGAAUUACCUCUCUGAACAGGACUUUAUGUCUGUGUUUGGCAUCACGAGAGGGCAAUUUGCUGCUCUGCCUGGCUGGAAACAGCUCCAAUUGAAGAAAGAAAAGGGGCUUUUCUAAGGCAAGAAGACAUAUGCCUACUGCAAGACCACAUAAGACAGCAGAUAGUGCCAAUAUCAGAAAAGAAUUUACCUACCAACUUCUGCCUGAUAUUCUGCUACAUAAUUUAGAUACAAUAAUCUGCAAAUCAUAGCAUGCUCUCCAUUUUUUUCUCAUCUUUCCAUUCUUCGGUUGUUAUAAGCCUAAAAUGUUAACCACUCACUUUUUGGGUUUUGUAGCAUUCUAGCUAAAGCCUCAGGGGAAAGCACUACAACUGCAUGAAUCUGGAGAAGUCCAAAGAAAGACAACCAAAAAACUAAGCUUAAAACAUUUAAUACUGUGCCAGGACCUACAUUUGUUUUAAAUUUUAAGAUCAGUAAUUCUAAAAUCUAUUUAACUGCAAAUCAUUGAAUCACACAUAUACUCCAGUGUCAAAAUCCAAAUGCCCAGAUCUGUUAUGUGCCAGAGCAUUUUUAACUUUUCAAAUAAAGGUACGUGU